UCAUGCUAAGAAUUCAGAACUCACUGUGUAUCCAGUUAUAGCAUAUCUCAAUUUGUAUGCUAACUUUUCAUCAGGAAUACUUGAUCUGUAUUUAGGUUUUAUAAAAUGUGCAGUUGAAAAACACAAAUUCAUAUCCAAGUUGUUCCAAAGAUACUUAAACAUAGUAAAGUUUUUCAGUAACUGAAUUGAAUAUCAAGUUUGAAAAAAUAAAACCCAGUUCCUUAGUCAUGCUAACCUCAUUUCAGAUGCUCAAAGGGUCCGUGUAUCUAGUGCUGCUGUCCUGGACACAGCGGCUCUAAGUGAUCUGCCUUUACACGCUUCCUGGUCUGACUAUACUUAAUCCUCCCAUUAGUAACUAAAGUAUUGGCCAAUACAUUUCUCCCAGGCAGACAUUAAACAUUCACAGUACUCUGUGGCCAUGUUUAACUUGGGAGCAAGUAGUGGCAAAAACCUCCUAUAGAAAAACAUGAGCACACCUCAUUUUUGCCUUUGUUGAGCUAAGCAAAAUGCUUUAGAUCAAAAAUUGCCUGGAAUUAUUUACUUUCAUUGUAAUCUCUCCUCCAGGCCUUUGUGUGUUUUGGUAGAGUUCGUUUGAAUUGGCUCAAUAAAUCAUUUUGUUUGCUGCAGAAUUCCCAAAGGAGAACAUUCAGAUCCAUAUACAUGAGAUUCCUGCUGCGUUUAGCCAUACAUUUACCAGACUUGUGGGGUCGUUUAUUCCCUGUGAAAGCUCAAGUGCAGCCCGCAGGGAGGUUUUCAGCUGACCUUGUUGUGACAUGCAGAUGAGGUAGUUGAGUUUAGAAUUUGGAACGGAGAUGGGUACUGGUCUUCACAGUUAACACAACCUGGAGUUGCCCAUGCCGUACUGUGUCCUUUUAAGUCAGUAAAUUGAGCUAAGUCGGUUAUUUGGCAAGCAGUUCGUGUAAAAAACUACAUGGCUAAGAUGUACGUGUUGGAUAAUUCCAAGCCUAUCUUGGCAUUGCAGCCAGGAGCUUCUGCAUCCCUCGCUUCCAAAGAGAACCAGUGAAACAUCUUUUUGUUCUUGCAGGUUCUUAUUGAUUGACCACAAGCAGAUCUUCCACCCUUGGAUCUCUAACUACAAAAGGAACCACUGGCUCAAUGACCUGUAAGGGUCAUUUCAGCACAUCCAUUCUGUCCAUCUCCAAGCCUUCACCAUAGGGAAGAACUUUUGCUCUCAGUCACCUCUCAGAGAGCUCUCUUUAUAGCUGAAGGUCCCUCUCAUGAGUUACAUCAAGAGUAACCUAGAAUUAUACCAGCAAUACACAGCCAUGGCCCCCAAGCUACUGGCCCGCAUCUCCAAACUCCUCAUGAUCUGCCAGAAUGCAGGCAUUUCUAUACCAAAGGGCAUCAGAAACAUCUUUGAGUUCACUUGGGAAGAGCUCAUCAGUGACCCUUCAGUGCCUACCCCGUCCGACAUCUUGGGCCUGGAGGUCAGCUUUGGAGCCCCCCUGGUGGUGCUCAUGGAACCCACCUUUGUGCAGGUCCCCACACUGAAGAAGCCACUACCUCCACCACCACCAGCACCACCACAUCCACUGCUGCUGGCAACCACUGCCAAGCGCUCCACCCCCUCUCCCACCAUGGCCCGUCAGGUGCGCGCCCAGCAGGAGACCCUGAACAGGUUUCAGCAGCAGUCCAUCCACCUGCUGACGGAGCUCCUCAAACUGAAGAUGAAGGCCAUGGUGGAGUCUAUGUCGGUGGGUGCCAACCCCUUGGAUAUCACCAGGCGCUUUGUGGAGGCCAGCCAGCUCCUCCACCUCAGUGCCAAAGAGAUGGCCUUCAACUGCCUGAUCGGCACAGCUGGGAGAAGUGGCUACAGCAGCGGACAGUUGUGGAAAGAGUCCCUUGCAAACAUGUCCGCCAUUGGGGUGAACUCGCCUUACCAGCUGAUCUACCACUCUUCCACAGCCUGUCUGAGCUUUUCCCUCUCUACUGGAAAAGAAGUCAAGAAGAAAAUAGGCAAAUCUAGAACUAUAGAAGAUGUCAGCAUGCCGCCCCCGCAUCGAGGAGUGGGAACCCCUGCCAACAGCCUGGAGUUCAGCGACCCCUGCCCUGAGGCCCGCGAGAAGCUGCAGGAGUUGUGUCGCCACAUAGAAGCCGAAAGGGCCACGUGGAAAGGGAGGAAUAUCUCCUACCCCAUGAUCUUACGAAACUACAAGGCAAAGAUGCCCUCUCAUCUAAUGAUGGCCCGCAAAGGAGACUCUCAGACCACCCCGGGUUUACAUUACCCUCCCACCGCAAGUGCUCAGACUCUCACCCCCACACCUCACCCAUCAUCCGCCAACCAUCUCUUCAGUCGGCAUUGUCAAGAGGGGAAGGCGCCCAAGAAGGCCUUCAAGUUUCAUUACACCUUCUAUGACGGCUCCUCCUUCGUUUACUAUCCCUCUGGAAACAUCGCUAUAUGUCAGAUCCCCACAUGCUGCAGAGGGAGAACCAUCACUUGCCUCUUUAAUGACAUACCUGGCUUCUCCUUGCUGGCCCUAUUCAAUGCUGAAGGUCAGGGCUGUGUUCACUACAACCUAAAAACCAGUUGCCCAUAUGUCUUAAUCUUGGAUGAGGAAGGUGGGACCACCAAUGACCAGCAGGGCUAUGUAGUCCACAAAUGGAGCUGGACUUCCAGGACAGAGACUCUGCUUUCCCUGGAAUACAAGGUGAAUGAGGAAAUGAAGCUAAAGGUGCUGGGACAGGACUCCAUCACGGUCACCUUCACCUCCCUGGAUGAGACAGUAACACUUGCUGUGUCGGCAAACAACUGUCCUCAUGGAAUGGCAUAUGACAAACGGCUGAACCGCAGAAUCAGCAACAUGGACGACAAGGUGUAUAAGAUGAGCCGAGCCCUGGCUGAGAUCAAGAAGCGGUUUCAGAAGACAGUGACUCAGUUCAUUAACUCUGUCUUGCUGGCCGCAGGUCUGUUUACCAUUGAAUAUCCCACCAAAAAGGAGGAGGCAGAAUUUGUUCGGUUCAAGAUGAAAUCUGGAACUCAUCCCGAGCGGCUCCCCAAGCUAAGUUUAUACUCAGGAGAAAAUCUUUUACGAUCUCCGUCAGGCCAACUGGAAUCCUCAGUUGCAGAGACUUUGAAGGAUGAGCCUGAGUCUGCUUCUGUGAGCCCAGUUCGGAAGAAGACCACCAAAAUCCACACCAAAGCCAAGGUCACAUCCAGAGGGAAGGCCCGCGAGGGGCGCAGCCCCACCAGGUGGGCGGCCUCGCCCUCAGACUGCCCACUGGUGCUGCGGAAGCUCAUGCUUAAGGAAGACGCCCGUGCUGGCUGCAGGUGCCUGGUGAAGGCGCCCCUGGUCUCUGAUGUGGAGCUGGAGCGCUUCCUGCUGGCACCCCGAGACCCCAGCCAGGUGCUGGUGUUUGGAAUCAUCUCAAGCCAGAACUACACCAGCACUGGGCAGCUCCAGUGGCUGCUGAACACACUCUACAGCCACCAGCAGCGGGGCCGCGGCUCCCCCUGCAUCCAGUGCCGGUAUGACUCCUACCGCCUGCUACAGUAUGACCUGGACAGCCCCCUGCAGGAGGACCCUCCCCUGAUGGUGAAGAAGAACUCUGUGGUGCAGGGGAUGAUUCUGAUGUUUGCUGGGGGGAAGCUCCUUUUUGGGGGCCGUGUUUUGAAUGGAUAUGGCCUCAGCAAGCAGAAUCUGCUGAAACAGAUCUUCCGGUCUCAACAGGAUUGCAAGAUGGGCUACUUCCUGCCGGACGACUACAAAUUCAGUGCUCCCAGCUCUGUCCUGAGCCUGGAGGAUUCUGAAUCAGCCAAGAAAGCCGAGUCAGAAGAUAUCCAAGGAAGCAGCUCCUCAUUGGCCCUGGAAGACUAUGUGGAGAAGGAGUUACCUGUGGAGGCUGAGAAGGCAAGAGAGCCUGAAGUGGAACUACAUCCUCUCAGGAGGAACAGCAAGGUAACCAGCGGGAAGAAGCAGGCCUCCAAGAAGUAGUGCCAUCCUGGCGGCAGCCAAGUGAGCCAGGCCCCGGACCGGGGUGCCGGGGCUUCCUGCCAGCCAGCCCUGCCUCCCCGGUCUCCCACCCUGUCUCCCAAGCCUCUGUAAUAAACCAGCGGGCCUCCAGCAUCAGGGUGAGGCUCUGGGGAAGGACAGA